GCAUCACCUCCGUGCACCGGAUUGCAGCUUGCUUUUAGGCUUGCUGGCCCGCGGGGCUGUCCAGGCACGCGGGGCUCCUCAGGUACGCCCUUUCUUCCCUGCAGGAUCCGGCCCUCAAAGACGAGGGUCACGCACGCGUUACAACCCCGAAACAGUAGAACAAGAUUUAAUUUUUAGAAGAACGUGUUUCCUCAGGGCUUGCCGUUCGUUCGUUUCCAGUCUUAGGAAUUUAUGGUCGCCUUUUUGAAUGAGCAACAAAAUGGUUCAACAAGUUCCAGAAAACAUAAAUUUUCCUGCUGAAGAAGAGAAAAUCUUGGAGUUUUGGACUGAAUUUAAUUGUUUUCAGGAAUGCUUAAAGCAAUCAAAACAUAAACCAAAAUUUACCUUCUAUGAUGGUCCUCCUUUUGCAACUGGACUGCCUCACUAUGGACAUAUACUUGCGGGUACAAUUAAAGAUAUAGUUACAAGAUAUGCUCACCAGAGUGGGUUUCAUGUUGACAGAAGAUUUGGAUGGGAUUGCCAUGGCUUACCUGUGAGUUGCACAGUUGCAGUUGUUUUCAUAGGGCAGCGUGGUAACAAUCUUAUCACAAAUUUUCAGGAAUAUGAAAUUGAUAAGACACUGGGAAUCAGAGGACCAGAGGAUGUGGCCAGAAUGGGGAUUACAGAGUAUAACAAUCAGUGCCGAGCAAUUGUGAUGAGAUAUUCUGCUGAGUGGAAGUCUACUGUUAGCAGACUUGGCCGGUGGAUUGACUUUGACAAUGACUAUAAAACUCUGUAUCCACAAUUCAUGGAAUCUGUCUGGUGGGUCUUCAAACAGCUCUAUGAUAAAGGCCUUGUUUAUAGAGGUGUGAAAGUCAUGCCCUUCUCUACCGCAUGUAACACUCCACUUUCCAACUUCGAGUCACACCAGAAUUAUAAGGAUGUUCAAGAUCCUUCAGUAUUUGUAACUUUCCCUUUGGAAGAAGAUGAAACUAUAUCUUUAGUUGCUUGGACAACCACUCCCUGGACUCUACCUAGUAACCUUGCUGUCUGUGUUAAUCCAGAAAUGCAAUAUGUGAAAAUUAAAGAUGUUGCCAGAGGAAGAUUACUCAUUUUAAUGGAAGCCAGAUUGUCAGCCCUCUAUAAAUUGGAGAGUGACUAUGAGAUCCUUGAAAGAUUUCCUGGUGCCUGUCUCAAAGGCAAGAAGUACAGGCCCCUGUUUGACUAUUUCGUGAAGUGUAAAGAGAAUGGCGCUUUCACUGUGCUUGUUGACGACUAUGUGAAGGAAGAAGAAGGCACAGGGGUUGUCCACCAAGCUCCUUACUUCGGUGCUGAUGACUAUCGGGUCUGUAUGGACUUUAACAUUAUUCGGAAAGACUCACUCCCCGUUUGCCCUGUGGAUGCUUCAGGCUGCUUCACAGCAGAGGUGACAGAUUUCGCAGGACAGUAUGUAAAGGAUGCUGACAAAAGUAUCAUCAGGACUUUGAAGGAACAAGGCCGACUUCUGGUUGCCACCACCUUCACUCACAGCUACCCUUUUUGCUGGAGAUCAGACACUCCUCUAAUUUACAAAGCAGUGCCCAGCUGGUUUGUGCGAGUGGAGAACAUGGUGGACCAGCUCCUAAGGAACAAUGACCUGUGCUACUGGGUCCCAGAGUUGGUACGAGAAAAACGAUUUGGAAAUUGGCUGAAAGAUGCACGUGACUGGACAAUUUCCAGAAACAGAUACUGGGGCACCCCCAUCCCACUGUGGGUCAGCGAUGACUUUGAGGAGGUGGUAUGCGUUGGGUCAGUGGCAGAACUUGAAGAACUGUCAGGAGCAAAGAUCUCAGAUCUCCACAGAGAGAGUGUUGACCACCUGACCAUUCCUUCACGCUGUGGGAAGGGAUCCUUGCGCCGCAUCUCUGAAGUGUUUGACUGUUGGUUUGAGAGUGGCAGCAUGCCCUAUGCCCAGGUUCAUUACCCGUUUGAAAACAAGAGGGAGUUUGAGGAUGCUUUUCCUGCAGACUUCAUUGCCGAGGGCAUCGACCAAACCAGAGGAUGGUUUUAUACCCUGCUGGUGCUGGCCACGGCCCUCUUUGGACAACCGCCUUUCAAGAACGUAAUUGUGAAUGGGCUCGUCCUGGCAAGUGAUGGCCAAAAAAUGAGCAAACGGAAAAAGAAUUAUCCAGAUCCAGUUUCUGUCAUCCAGAAGUAUGGUGCUGAUGCCCUCAGAUUAUAUCUGAUUAACUCCCCUGCGGUGAGAGCAGAAAACCUCCGCUUUAAAGAGGAGGGGGUGCGGGACGUCCUUAAGGAUGUACUGCUCCCAUGGUACAAUGCCUAUCGCUUCUUAAUCCAGAACGUUCUGAGGCUCCAGAAGGAGGAAGAAAUAGAAUUUCUCUACAAUGAGAACACAGUUAGAGAAAGCCCCAACAUUACAGACCGGUGGAUCCUGUCCUUCAUGCAGUCUCUCAUUGGCUUCUUUGAGACUGAAAUGGCAGCUUAUAGGCUUUAUACUGUGGUGCCUCGCCUGGUCAAGUUUGUAGAUAUUCUGACCAAUUGGUAUGUUAGAAUGAACCGCAGAAGAUUAAAGGGUGAAAAUGGGAUGGAGGAUUGUGUCAUGGCCCUGGAAACCUUGUUUAGUGUUCUGCUUUCUCUUUGCAGACUUAUGGCUCCCUACACACCUUUUCUCACUGAAUUGAUGUACCAGAAUCUAAAGGUGCUGAUUGACCCUGUUUCUGUUCAGGACAAGGACACACUCAGCAUCCACUACCUCAUGCUGCCCCGUGUUCGAGAAGAAUUGAUUGACAAGAAAACAGAGAGUGCAGUCUCUCAGAUGCAGUCUGUGAUUGAACUUGGAAGAGUGAUCAGAGACCGAAAAACUAUUCCCAUAAAGUAUCCUUUGAAAGAAAUUGUGGUUAUCCAUCAAGAUCCAGAAGCUCUUAAAGAUAUCAAGUCUUUGGAGAAGUAUAUCAUUGAGGAACUGAAUGUUCGAAAAGUUACACUGUCUACAGAUAAAAACAAGUAUGGCAUUCGGCUAAGGGCAGAACCAGAUCACAUGGUCCUGGGGAAGCGUCUGAAGGGAGCCUUUAAGGCAGUGAUGACGUCCAUCAAGCAGUUGAGCAGUGAGGAGCUGGAGCAGUUCCAGAAGACUGGGACCAUUGUUGUGGAAGGCCAUGAAUUGCACGAUGAAGACAUCCGCCUCAUGUACACCUUUGAUCAGGCCACAGGUGGGACUGCUCAAUUUGAAGCACACUCAGACGCUCAGGCUUUGGUCCUCUUAGAUGUCACUCCUGACCAGUCAAUGGUAGAUGAAGGAAUGGCUCGGGAAGUCAUCAAUCGCAUACAGAAACUUCGCAAAAAGUGCAGUCUGGUUCCAACUGAUGAAAUCACAGUGUACUAUAAAGCAAAGUCUGAAGGAACAUAUCUGAAUAAUGUUAUUGAAAGCCACACAGAGUUCAUAUUUGCCACCAUAAAGGCUCCCUUGAAACCAUAUCCAGUUUCUCCAUCAGAUAAAAUCCUUAUUCAAGAAAAAACACAGUUGAAGGGAUCUGAACUGGAAAUUACACUGACAAGAGGAUCUUCCCUUCCUGGUCCUGCUUGUGCAUAUGUCAAUCUUAACAUUUGUGCAAAUGGCAGUGAACAAGGUGGAGUAUUGCUCCUGGAAAAUCCAAAAGGUGACAAUAGGUUGGACCUUUUAAAGCUGAAGAGUGUUGUCACUAGCAUUUUUGGUGUGAAAAAUACAGAGCUGGCUGUCUUCCAUGAUGAAACAGAAAUACAAAACCAGUCUGACUUACUGAGUCUUAGUGGAAAAACACUUUGUGUGACUGCGGGAUCGGCUCCCCCUCUGAUCAACAGUUCUAGUACUCUUCUUUGUCAGUAUAUCAAUCUACAGCUCCUGAAUGCAGAGCCACAAGAGUGUUUAAUGGGGACAGUGGGCACUCUCCUGCUUGAAAACCCACUUGGGCAGAAUGGACUCACCCACCAAGGUCUUCUGUAUGAAGCAGCCAAGGUGUUUGGCCUUCGGAGCAGGAAGCUAAAGCUGUUUCUGAAUGAGACCCAAACACAAGAAAUUACAGAAGACAUCCCCGUGAAGACUUUGAAUAUGAAGACUGUGUAUGUUUCUGUAUUACCAACAACAGCAGACUCCUAGCAUGCACUUAUCAAUGUUGUUCAGUCAGCCUUUCCCUGAUUACACCCAUCCCCUACACAUACGUGCACAUACACACACACAUGAACACAAGAUAUUUCCUUCAGGUGGGUGUAAAAUAUGCUGCUUGGAUUGAAAUUCAAAUGGGAUUGAUUAGGCAAGUAACUUGAGACCUCACAGUAAUCUUCACACUUAACCUUAGACACCUAUGCGGUCAUGUUGGGAGCAGGUUACAAUGUUAUCUCAGCCCACAGUUUACUUCUAUACUUGAGUUCUUAAGUACAGAAGGUAGAAGUGAUUUAAAUGGCAUAGUAUAUAUAUCAUUUUCUGGCCUUUUAAAAUUUAUUUGAGACCUCUUGAUUCCUAAAUGGAUGUAUUAUAUAUUUCUGCCACCUGGAUUUUCCUGGAUAAUUUGAUGGAAUAUUUUAAGUUUCAGUAAAAUCAGAACAAUAAAGAAACUCAGAUAUAAAUGUGUUGAGGCCGGGCGCGGUGGCUCACGCUUGUAAUCCCAGCACUUUGGGAGGCCGAGGCGGGCGGAUCACGAGGUCAGGAGAUCAAGACCACGGUGAAACCCCGUCUCUACUAAAAAAUACAAAAAAUUAGCCGGGCGCGGUGGCGGGCGCCUGUAGUCCCAGCUACUCGGAGGCUGAGGCAGGAGAAUGGCGUGAACCCGGGAGGCGGAGCUUGCAGUGAGCCGAGAUUGCGCCACUGCACUCCAGCCCGGGCGACAGAGCGAGACUCUGUCUCAAAAAAAAAAAAAUAAAAUAAAAAUAAAUGUGUUGAAAGUAACUCAUUCUCCCAUAGAUAAAUGAAACUUGAAAUGUGUAAUCUUUGAAGAACAUAAAAACUUCAUGGUGGUUUCUGUAUUAAGACAGUGGACUAGACAUCUAAUAAAACUUCUUUCCAAAA